UGAUUUUCUGUCAGUUAACAUUUAUGCGACAGUCAUGUUACUAGUUACAAUCAUUACUUUGUCCCUGAUCAAAUACGCGACCUUGGAAUGUAUCAUUGAUAACAGAACUCCAAAUAAUUACUUCGAAGACGAACUUCAUAAGGAUCUUCAGUGUAAUUAUAAAAGUUUUGAACCACCCGACAAAAUAUUAACACGAGUCGAUGUUAGAGUUGUUUUAAAAUAUUUUAACUUUGACGACAAAGAAGAACUUUUUACGAUAGUCACUUGGAUGUAUAUGUUAUGGAAUGAUCCAAGACUUAAGUGGAAUCCGGAAGAUUACGACGGAAUAGAUAGAAUCAGCAUUAACUCAAUGCACAUAUGGACGCCACAGCCAUUCUUGUAUCAUAAAGAAGAUUUCUAUGAAUAUGAAUCACUUUACUAUCCCGUACGAUGUAGUAUUAUUAGUGCUGGCAAUGUAACAUGCAUACCUCGUAACACCCAUACUGUUCUUUGCAAGACUACAUUGGACAAUUGGCCAUUUGAUGCACAUAAUUGCACAAUUAAAUUUAGUAUCAGAGACGGCGUAAAAGAUAACAUGACCUUUGUAUCCAUGACGAGUGGAGAAUAUAUUUUUGGAUCAUACAACACCACUGGUUGGAAUAUUGUCGAUUUAGAAAUCAUGGAUAAUCUUACAGGGAACAUUAAGCUUUCUCUGACAUUCAUCACUGAAAGACAAGCACUCGGAAUUGCAGCAAUGGUAAUCACUCCAUCGAUUACUUCGGCGGUAUUGACUAUGUCCUCACUGGUUUUAGAUGUUAAGAAUAAUGUUCGGCUGGCUCUUGCUACUUUCAGUCUGCUUAGCAGUUUUCAGUUGUUAGAUAUUAUCGCAGAGAUAUUACCUCAUCAUGGGUCGGACUCUCCAACGAUUUUAUUGUUCAUUCGAUCUUCGAUUUUUAUUUCCACUUGUUCUAUAUGUUUAUGUUUAAUUUUAAGAUCACUACGAGGGAGGAGGAGACGACCGCAUCGAUGGAUCAUUUCCCUUAAUAAUUAUGUAUCUAAAACUCGUCUAAAUUUUUUAUUGUUUUUACAAUACGAACCAUCAUCAGACUUAUCGUCUGAUCUUGAAGCAGAAAAGCGUCAGGAAUGGUCUGUUUUUACUUAUAUUAUUAAUAAUGUUUUUAUUUUCAUUAUUCUAGUUAUAUAUUUAAUCUUAUUUAUUGUUUAUAUACCUCGACCACAAUAACCUUAAUAAUUAUUAACAAUACAAUAUUGA